AACACGUCAGUGUGCCGUGGAUUGAUGUCAUUAUUUGGCAGUCGUCUGUCUCCCUUUCUUUGCACCUGAUUAGUCAGCCAAGCAGAGGGGGAGGGAACUAAUCUGAGGGAAGAAGGGAGGGAAGAUGGGAAGGAAUAGAACGCCACACCCCCUGUCAGCAGGUUGGCUAAGAUUGAAUGAACCAUGGAAAAAAAAACGAGGAAGAGAGAGACUGAGAUGGAGGGAGGGGCUGUUGAGUGCGUCAGUAGCUGUGACUCUCAUAUAAGCGGUUGGUACAGGCAGAAAGCAUACAGAUUCUUGUACACAGUCCGGAACAUUCUAUAGCAAAGACCGAGGGCCUUUUCUUUGUUCCCUGCACACCUUCCUGCCAAUACUGGGACUGUAGAGCAACCGCUGCCAUUGUUACCUUUGGAUCUGCUUCGAUUCUACCUGUUUAAGCCUUGGACUUGGACCCAUUUAUUCGUUUCCUUCAAUCCGUGUGGACUGCAUGGUUCUGCACCUCAUAAGGGUGUGGACUGUAUACAAAAAAAAGACAGACGGGAAGGAGAAAAGGGAAUUUGAAAAGAGAAUAAUAAAACAGGACAAAGAUAGGGGAGGAAGUAGUAAGGGAAGCGGGAAGUAAGGGAAACUGGGUUUUUUUUUUCUCGGGGUAACGAGAGCUCACUCAGUCCUCACGCUGGGGAAAUCGGCGCAGCCCCCCAACACCUGUCGUCAUCAUCAUCAUCAUCCCCGCCCCUCCUCACGAACUCUGACCUCCCGCUUCAUCAGGUGGAAAAACCUCUGCCUCCCCGCCCUUCCCAUCAUGCACCUGAAGACCACCAAGUGUAACGCCUUCUGCCUGGUUGCCUCAGUGACCAACCAGGAAGUGUUUGAAAGGCCUGAGUCGCGGGCCAGCUUUGAGUCUCUGUUCCGCUCCUUUGACCCGGAUGUGAACUUCCAGUUCUUUAAGAGUUUCCGGCGCGUGAGGAUAAACUUCAGCGAUGCCCUGGCCGCUGCCGAAGCCAGGCUCAGAUUGCACAAGAGCGACUUCAACGGCAAAGAGAUGCGUCUCUACUUUGCGCAGUCCGUCCUCAUAGGUAGUCCCCGUCUGGAGCCCCCGAAACCGGACAAACAGUUCCUGAUCUCUCCCCCAGCCUCGCCCCCGGUGGGGUGGCAGCAGGCCCCGGACGCCGUGCCCGUCAUAAACUACGACCUCCUCUGUGCCAUCUCCAAACUGGGGCCAGGUGAAAAGUACGAGUUGCACACGGGCACGCCCACCACCCCCAGCGUGUUUGUGCACGUGUGCGAGAGCGAGCAGGACAGCUCAGGCGGCGAGGACGACGCCGAGGGAAGUGCCAGCAGCAGCAACCGCCCGCCUCGCCCCAAAAUCAUCCAGACACGCCGUCCGGACUUCACCCCCGGUGUCACGCAGUGAGGAGCAGAGAGGGAGCGCUAACAUCAACAAAACAUGUCUCCUACAUCUGCCUCUCAGAAGUCAAUGGAUGUCUGGUGCUGAUUCAGACGUAAUACAUCCUCUCCAGCACUAGAGGGCGACGCCUAUCAAAGCCCUGCCUUUUCACGGAGAGCGAGGGACAGGGAGUGAGAAAAAACAUUCAUCUCUUUUUACACAAGUUUAUUUCUUUUUUGUCCUCCAUUUGGAACAAAGUUAUACUUAUUGUGACUUGUAGUUCAAGAGACUUGUUUCAUCCUGUGUAUUGGGCCCAUCAUCGUAUUGUCUUGUCUAUUAGGUCUUUGUGUGCUGCCAUCACUAGCUUAGCGAUUUACAAUGUUUUACUAAUCGAGAUGCUUUCUAACUGAUGGCUUUGCAAUAGACUGUCUCUCUAGGCAUAAUAUAUGGAGAAAAAAAAUUGUAGAAUUUGCUCAACAGAAUAAUGAUGCUAUGGAAGGGAUUUUUCUUUCAAAAGUGUGUCUCCGGUAGUGAUGUGCUUUCAAAGUGUGUGUGCACCAUUUGAUGGUGUGUGUACAAAAUAAAAGCCUUUACAGGCUUCACAACAAGGCUGCAAUAUCAUGCUGAUCACAGGGCAUGGACCGCUCCCUGCAUGGGCCUUCAUGGCAUACUGUACAUUUGUGCUGUGCUUCUGGCCAGUAUACCUUGUCUAACUUGAAUCACACCGCCAUUUUGGGUCAGACCAUGGGCCAUUUGGGGGCUGAACUGUACAGUACAGAUACUGUAGGAGGGUCGGCUGUGUGCACAGCAGUCGGGAGAGUUAUUUUUCACAUGUUAUAGUGGGGAGACAGGCUUGUGUAGAUGCACUGUGAAUGUUUAAUGCAUGCGCCAUCACAGAACAGUUGGAAAGAUGUUAUCCACCCUAGUCGUUUGGGGUCACAUUAGCAUAUUUAGCUACUUUUGUACUGAACUAUUAUUGAGAUUCAUAAUUAUACCUUCAAUAAUAUUCUUGAGUUAUCAUGUAAUAAAGACUUCAUACCUCUAAAGUAA